AUGGGCAGGGCCGGCCCAGCAGGAGCUGCACAGGAGAGCUCUCUCCGCCUUGCCUGUGUGUGGGAAGAGCCCCUGCCGUGCGACGUGGACAGUAGGGAUGAGGACUCCUCCCAGACACUUUUCUUCCACCCUUCCACCUAUGGCUCCAAGAUCCGCCUGUACGAGUCCUGCCAGGUGGCCGAGCGGAUUGACUCCUUCCAUGACGGCAUCAUCUUCACCAGCCGGCCCAUCCAUCUCCACGAGAGGGUGACACUGAAGAUCUUGAAGAAAGAGGGCCCCUGGCAUGGGGGGCUGAGGGUGGGCUUCACCUCCAUGGAUCCCUUGGAGAUAGAUGCCAGCCUUCUGCCUCCCUUUGCCUGCCCCAACCUGGUCUUGCAGGGCAGGACCUGGGCUGCAGUUCUGCCCGAUGUCUGUGGAGAGGAAGACACCGUCCUCACCUUCUGGGUGGACCACAGGGGCAGGGUCUUCUUCGGCAGGCAGCAAGGGGUCCAGGACAUUCUCCUGUUGAAAGGCGUCCCCGUGAGAGCCCCUCUCUGGGCCAUCGUUGACGUCUAUGGACACACCAAGGCGGUCCAGCUCCUGGCGCCGGCGUGCAGGGAGUUCCACGGCCGCCCGGAAGGGUGUACCGAGCCGUGUGUCAUUUGCUUCUCGCACGAGACCAGCGCUCUGCUGCAUCCCUGCGGCCAUGCCAGCUUCUGCUACUGCUGUGCCCAGAAGGUGUUCAGAAGAAGCGGCCUUUGUCCCCUCUGCCGGGGGCAGAUACAGAACAUCAGCCAGGCCAGGCUGGGAACCUGAGCGGGGGCAGCAGUGCCCCUCACCUCUGCCAUGGCACCUGGCCCUCGCCAGCGCUCUGCUAGCCCAGGGAAGAGGGCAGUGGAGGGAUCUGUGAAAGGGCCUCUGGAGCCCUGCGAAAGAGCCUCCUCCUCUGAGCAGGGACUUAUGCAGGGCAGGCGCUAAGAGACCUUCUGGGGCAGGCGUCUCCCCACUCCCAACAGUCCUGCUGCACCCCCCACGUCUCGCCCCUCGGAGAGGACAGGCCCGGGAGACCCUGCAAGCCAGCCUGUGGGAUGGAAGGGGAGAUGCCCAGGAGAGCCCCUGAGAUGGGGGUGACUGUCAUGAGGGCUCCGUCCCCCCCUAGCGUGUUGCUCAAGUGGCACAGCUUUGUGGGUCUCGGCCCACAGCUGGCUGACCACCCCCCCGCACUGUGCCGUGUGCUGCUGCCCCAGGAUCCCACCCAGGCCCCACACAGG